AUGGAAAGUCCAAAAUCAAAUGCCGAAGAAGAUAGUCAUAACAUGGAGGGCAUAGAGUGCAAUGAAAAUUCUCAAGAAAGAAGAAACCCUGAGCAUGACUUAGAUGUUCAUGAGCAUCAAAAUAUUGAUCCUUGUAUUGAUAUGGAAUUUGACUCUCUUGAUGAUGUUAAAAAUUUAUACACAUCAUUUGCUAAAAAAGAAGGUUUUGGAAUUCGUACACGUUCAACUAAGACAAAUUUAUGCAUAUUUGUUUGCUCUAAUGCUGGCCAACAUGUUGAUAGUAAUGACAAAGAAGAAAGCAAUACAAUCACAGUAAAAAGCAAAAAAAGAUGUUCAACAUCAAGAACUGAUUAUAAGGCAACACUGGUAGUCUCAAAAGCAAAAAUGAGGCCCAAAUGGACUAUCAUUACAUUUAACAAUACUCAUAAUCAUGCAAUAGUUAGCCCCAAGAGUAUAAACUAUCUUAGGUGCCAUAAAAAAAUGGGUGGGACAGCAAAGAAUCUAGUUGAACAGUUUGAUCAAGAGGGCUUGCCUACCAGAAAAGUCGCUACAAUGUUUAGCAAUGAAGGUUCGGCUUUCUCUAAUAGAGAUUGUUGGAAUCAUCUUAGAGAUCUCCGAUCUAAAAAUCUGGAUGUUGGAGAUGCUCAAGCAGUGUUAAACUUUUGUAAGCAAAAACAAGCAGAGAACCCAAAUUUCUUUUAUGCGAUUCAAGUUGAUAAUCAUGAUAGAAUGAUUAAUUUUUUUUGGGUUGAUGCAAGGUCGAGGUUGGCCUAUAAUUAUUUUGGAGAUGUUGUUACAUUUGAUACAACAUAUAAGAAGAACAAGUAUCUUAUGCCAUUUGCGCCAUUUACUGGAUUGAAUCAUCAUCAUCAGUCCAUUUUAUUCGGUUGUGCUUUGUUGCAAGAUGAAACAGAGAAGUCUUUUACAUGGUUGUUUGAAACUUGGCUAAUGGCAAUGGGUGGAAAAAGUCAUGUAUCAAUAAUUACAGAUCAAGAUAAGGCAAUGUGCGGAGCAAUAUCUAAGCAACAAGUCGAAGGUGUUCUUCGCGGAACGAAGAUGGUGAAAUUUGUGAUUUCACCUGAGAUUCCACCGGUUUAUCUCAUAAAUGCAGCACGUGGAGCAGGAACGGAGAAUCCUGUUUACACUGAAUGGGAAGAACACGAUUAA